AUGGCGACAGGUCCAGCUACUCAAUCUCUCAAGGUCAGCUCCGUUUGUGUGGUAACUGGUGAUGGUGCGGUAGGCAAGACAUGUCUCCUUAUCUCCUACACGACCAACGCCUUUCCCGGGGAAUAUAUCCCUACCGUAUUCGAUAAUUAUACCGCUAGUGUUAUGGUUGAUGGCAGACCGAUCAGCUUAGGACUCUGGGAUACUGCUGGACAGGAAGAUUAUGAUCGACUUCGCCCAUUGUCCUACCCCCAAACCGACGUAUUUCUCAUCUGUUUCUCCAUCGUCAGCCCCCCGUCCUUCGACAACGUCAAGGCCAAGUGGUACCCGGAGAUUGAGCACCAUGCUCCCAACGUCCCCAUCAUUCUCGUCGGAACCAAGUUGGAUUUGAGAGACGACCCUGCCACCGCGGAUGCCCUGCGGAUGAGGAAGAUGGCCGCUGUCACCUACGAGGAAGCCUUGGCGGUUGCCAAAGAAAUCCGAGCGCACAAGUACCUCGAGUGUUCCGCGCUGACACAGCGCAAUCUCAAGAGCGUGUUCGACGAAGCAAUUCGCGCCGUUCUGAACCCCCGACCUGCUACGAAACCAAGGAGCAAGAAGUGUACGAUUCUGUAGAGCUUGAUCGCUCCGUUAAUUUAUAUUUCAUUCUCCUUCCCGACUUAUAAUAUAAAUAACUAAUCCGGCGUCUCGGUUGUUGGGGCCUUUCGAACCCCCUCGAUUUUUGAUGAUUUUUUUGACUACUCGUUGUUCACCUGAAUUGGUGUCAUGAUUCUGAUGUUUUGCGUUUCCUAAUCCGAGUUCCAGAGGGCCUGGUAUUUUGCAUUUCUUUCCCGACUUAGUAGGACUUCAGAGUCCCCAUGCAGUAUAAAGAUGUAUGUAACAGCCAUACGAUACCAUGCAUUCAUUCGCACCAUGAGAAGUGCGUGCUGCUUGAUGUUUGUUGCUACACGGGUAUCCCGGCCAUAGAUAUAUAUAUGUCUGCAAAGAAUGUUCUCCGUCAAUUGAACCUUUUCAUUUGCC